CCGAGACGGAAGCCACAAAGUCGCCUUGGCGUCUGGUCGCCAACAUGGCGUCCUCCGCCCCCGGCCGGGCUCCGGCGGGCAAGCGAGUGGUCAACCAGGACGAGCUGCGGCGGCUGAUGAAGGAAAAACAGCGUCAAAGCACUAACCGGAAACGGAUAGAGUCUCCUUUCGCCAAGUAUAACCGUUUGGGGCAGCUGAGCUGUGCCCUGUGCAACACUCCGGUCAAGAGCGAGCUCCUGUGGCAGACUCACGUCUUGGGCAAGCAGCACCGAGAGAGGGUGGCCAAGCUGAAAGGCGCCAAGGAGGCCACGCAGAGCCCGUCGGCCAAGAGGAAGGCGCCGGACGCGGACAGCCCCGACGCCAAGAGGGCGAGGGCGGCCUUGGGGCCCCAGGUACAGCCCUCCACCUCGGCUCUGCCUGACUGUGAGACCGCGGGAGGGGCUCCCAGCAGGCUUUCGGGGCUCGGCUUACUCCCCGAUUACGAGGACGAGGAGGAGGAGGAGGAGGACGUAGUACCAGAAGGAAAGGGGAGGGACCCUAGCAAGCAGACCCCCGACGCGCACGGUCAAGAACCUUCCUCUCGAGAGGAUAAUGUGCGGCCAAAAGAUGCCUUUCAUGCGAAUCCUCCUAAGACCCCUUUAGUUCCUCACUCGGGGUCCAUCGAGAAAGCAGAAAUACAGGAGAAAGUGGUGGAAAGGCGAGAGAACACCGCCGAAGCGUUACCGGAAGGUUUCUUUGAUGACCCAGAGGUCGAUGCCAAAGUACGAAAAGUGGACGCCCCGAAGGACCAGAUGGACAAAGAGUGGGACGAAUUUCAAAAAGCCAUGCGGCAGGUCAACACGAUUUCCGAGGCCAUCGUGGCCGAAGAGGAUGAGGAGGGACGGUUGGACCGUCAGAUCGGGGAGAUCGAUGAGCAGAUCGAGUGUUACCGUCGGGUGGAAAAGCUGCGGAAUCGCCAGGAUGAAAUCAAAAACAAGCUUAAAGAAGUUCUGACCAUCAGAGAACUGCAGAAAAAGGAAGAGGAGAACACUGACAGCGAUGAUGAGGGGGAGUUACAAGACCUGUUGUCUCAGGAUUGGAGGGUGAAGGGGGCUUUGUUGUAAG